CAAAUUAAAUGUACAUCCACCAUUUUCAGCUGUAAUGAUGGCGUCCAGGUCCCUUAUCCAGCUGUACAGGAAAGUAAACCCGGAACUCCUGGGGAAGAAAGAUAAGGGAAAGCCAACAGAAGCUUCAAAAGACUUGAAAGUACUUGAGUAUGGCGAAAAAGACACCAGGACAUAUAUUCCAGGCACUGAGGCAUUGAAGAACACAGAAGACAUAGAUGAGGAGGAACUAGAGCAGGAGGCCUGGGAGUCGUGUAGUGAGGAAGAGGAUAAUGAUUAUGACGGGGAAUGGCUAGAUGUUCAUCACUCGUCUGAUGAGGAGGAGGUAGAUGACACGCUGGUACCAGAGACUUCGGAGGUGCAGGAAGCGAAGGCUAAGUCUGUCUCCACGACGCGCGUUCUGUCCCAAGAAGAGUUCCGGCAGCUCCAGCAGCGCCAGGCCGCGCGCGAGACCGAGGGGAUGAAGACCAAGACCAAGGGGAAAGGCAAGAAGAGGAAGAGGGAGAAGCAGGAGGAAGAACAGGAAAGAGGGGGGUUGCUGAGCCUGUCUAUGAUUGAGAACGUCCACAAGAAAAGGGCGCACGACAAGGAGUCCAGAUUAGCUACUGUCAUGGCGGGGAGAGAGGAUAGGCCGAAGAAUACCCACGGACAUAAGAAGAUGAGUGCCCACGCCAGUACCACGAACAAGGACAAGCUACGCGGGAAAGCAUACACCAUGAUCAAACACAAGGUCAUGAACAGGAAGAAGAAGAGAUCCUUCAGAGACAAACAGAUCUGAGAGGUUAGCGAUUACAGACCCAGGUUUCAAACAAACUGCAUUAAGUUCAAACAUGUACCAUGAACACAACUUUAUUGGGAAAUUCCCGUUGAUAAACAGAUCAUCACAAUACCAAUAAACUUUAUGUAAUUUGAGUAGCAGACUUGAGAUAAAAUUUCUUUUAAACAUAUUGCCUAUCCAAUCUUCAACACAAGCAGCUCAUGAAUCAGCAAGGAAGUUAAAGCAUUGCAAUGAUUUAAUCUUGGAAUACGAAAGUAAACAUUUAAUGAGUCAUUUCAUGGCAAUGUACAUAUUAAACAUAAGUGUCAUAAAACAUGAUUUUAUAAGAACUAAUUGUGUAAUACUGAAUUAUGGAUAGUGAGAGGGAGAGUGAGAAACUGUUUUCCCUGCGGCUGUCCCGGGUAAUGGGGGAUAUCGGGGUAAACAGAUGGGUGAUUGCCAGAAGGAGGAGAGCAUUUCUGAGGAUGGAGACUUUGUACAAAGUAAAAAACUUGUUGGAUGAUCUAAAUACGAUUACUUACGUAUUUGGCAGCCAUAGUGAGGCCACAACAACAAUAGGGAUGGAAUCUGAUACUGACAGCUUGCGAUAUAAUAACAAUGAACAUGUGGCCCUCAACUUCAGUGACUGGCAAUAUGGAAAGACAAAUCUGCUGGUGUUGAAGAAUAAGCUCACACCACCUCAACACUGCUACUUACAGAGACUGAGAGGUGACUGUCCACUACCAGCAUUACAGGCAGUGGGUCCUGAUGAUGUGCUAGAUGGGGAAGGGAGAAUACUAGUGGCUAAUACUUGUGUUGAGCUACAGGACUGGGUACAGCGACAAACUGAAUCUGGUGAUAUAAUUAGACAUGGGCCAUCAUUAUCCUUUGACAAAAAGUUUGACAUUGUUAAAGCAUACCAUUGUAGCAAGCUGCCAGAGGAAUGCCGGUUCAUGUUCCACAGACCACGCCCUGGACACUGGCCCAGACAUGACACACUUACCAGUGCCAGUGAGGUUGGAGUCUUCCUAGUGCCACAGGGCUACACUGAGAGCCCAGCUAAACAAUUAAUGUGUAGAUCUACAGCAUUCAUGGUCCCUUCAAAGUUGACCAGUUACCCUUAUUCAAAAUGGCAGUGGAGAUUUUCAACUUCAUUGAUAGAACGAAUUCUAAUAUUUGAUUUAAGCCCUGUUCAAGUGAAAAUAUACACACUCACCAAAAUAAUUAGAAUCUCUUUUCUCAAGCCUGUGUUUGGAGAUAGAUUUAGCACUUUUCACAUAAAAACUGCAAUGAUGUUUACAAUAGAAAACUAUCCAGCUGAGAUAUGGAGGGAAGACAAUAUUGUGAAAUGUGUGUGUCUAGUUUUAAAAACACUUAAAAAAUGGGUAAAACAGAAAUACUGUCCCCACUUUACAAUCUCUGGAGUUAAUCUGUUUGUGGGAAAGCUGAACUUUUGGGAGUUUCCUGAACUGUGCAGCAUUAUUUCAAAGCUCAUCAACACAAAACUGCAGUGUUUGUUUAGGAUUCGUAUGGACAAUAUUGGUUUGAGAUUGCAACAAUGCUCAGGUAUUGAAAACAUACCCAGUCAGAAUGUGAGCACAAGAACCCAAACCUGUAGUGUUUUAAAGAAACUACUGUUUGAAGAAGUGACUGAGCGUUCAGUUCAUAUGGAUGGAUUGAUAACUAUUCUUCAAAUUGAUUCCAUCAAACGCCACCUGCUUGUUUUAUAGAGUUUUUUAGAUUCCCGAAAAGAACUAGAAAAGGAAGUAGCGUCUCUAUGGACACCAUUUCUGUGCAGCACCUAUGCCUCCAUGCUGGCUUCAAGGUACAUCUCUCUGGGACAAGCAAUUACAUCGGAUAUCUUAAUAUGGUACCAGCUAUCGCUGGAUUCUGACCUUAUGUCCAGUAGGUUGAAGUUUGCAUCCAUGUUGUACUGCAGUGGGCAGUAUGAGGUAGCUGCAGAAGUAUUGACUUACUGUGAAGGACUGCUGGGGCCGGAAGUGUGUCAGUGCUGUGGACAUCAUGGAAGAAAUCACCUGGAACCAAGCGCUGAGUUUAUGAACAAGAUGAUCACAUUGUCAACCACUGAUGUACUAAAGAAGCGCACGAUGGUGUGCAUAACUUUCACACUCAAUGAAAUACACUGCAUUCCACAACAUCUUAUUUUUGAAAUGUUAAGACGUAUUGGAGUUGAUCCUAUUGUAAAUAGAGAAAGGUGGAAGUGGAUUGUAGUCUCUGACUGUAUCCCAUUCUUGUAUUACCUACAACAUCUCACCUACAGGGAGCUACACCAGCACAGGAGAGCACUAACAGCACUACAUAACCUACGCGAGUACACAACAGGGACAACACUAGGCCACAUUGACACAGCCUUCAACAUGCUGGGCCACUGCUAUGAACUUCAGAACAGGCCGGACCUGGCUUUGAUGUACUACAACAAAUCAUUAGAAAUCUGUGACACAGACAAUGUCUCCAUCUAUCACGUAUACAGGAUACAUGGGUUUUUACCUAGGUGAUAUCCACAAUGACACAGAUUUCAACAUGAUGUGCCACUGCAUUCAACAUCAGAACAGGCUGGACCUGGCCUCCUGUGCUACAGCAGAUUAUUGGAAAUUGAUGACAAGAGACAAGGUCUCCAUUUGGCAAGAAGCCAGGAUAGUUCAUCAAUUUUUAUGUAACUUAUAUCCACAUUGACACCGCCUUCAACUGAUAUGUCACUGCUAUGAAAACAGGCUUGAUCUGGCUUGGAUGUGCUACAUCAGAUCAUUGGAUAUUUAAGACGAGGACAAUGUUUUACUUCAUUAGUUUUUUUUGUGAAACUGAUAUCCAAAUUGACACAGCCUUCAAUAUGCUUGGUUACUGCUAUGCACUGCAGAACAGGCUGGACCUUGCCUUGAUGUGCAACAGCAUUUCAUAGGAUUAAGUAAAAUGCUACUUUUGAAACAAAUUUGUGGCGGAUCCAUGGUCUAGUGGAUACACACUUGGCUAUCAAUCCAGGGGUCGCAGGCUCGAUUCCCCAUCGCAUCACUAAAAUACUAAUCGUCUUCCGGGAGGGACGUUACAUUGGGGUCCCGUGUGACAGUACUAUACACUGGUACACGUUAAAUUACCAGGGUAGCUCUAACCAUGGUUACAUUCUGUCCGUGCACUAUGCUCCUAAAAUGACUAAUAAUCUUAACGGAGCACUCGCUGAAUGGGCAAGACCCGAGUGCGAGUAUAAAUAAGCUUACACACCCACAAUUUUAAAACAAAUGCUGCCAUGAUUGCUACUUAAUAUUACUUUACCACUUAUAUACUUAUGAAAUAUUUGUAUGCAUGUUCUUAUGUAUAAGAAAAUAAGUUAUUGAUAAAUUCAAAAUCUUCCUUCA